UCAGAUCUAAGCCACAGGCUGAGUGUCGCACUGGAGGAAGGCCGAGUCUUCAUCCCGGUUACCCCGGCUGGGUGAGGGGCUUCGGGGACAAUUCCUGGGCCAGUGGAGGUGUCGUUUCCGCCCGUGGCAGACAAAUCGGGGCGCGAGGGCGGGCACGUGUGGACCUCUAAGCGCUCCUGGAUCAGGACGAGAGCGCGCCUGGCCUCGUCCUCUGCGGAUUCCGCCGCGAGGUUCCUUAAAGACUGCAGCUUGAAGUUCCCGCGGUUGCCGGGAGGCUGGGCUUCGGAGGAAGGUAUCAAGAAACAAUGUUUCUUUGAAUUUGCUUCUGUAUUUGCUUCAUCAAUGUCAUUCAUUUUGAGUAUCUUACGAGAGAUGCUGGAAUAUUUUGGUGUUCCCAUAAACCAGGUUUUACACAUUUGGGAAAACAAAGACUAUGGAUCAGCUCGGAGUAUUGUUCGUAUCAUUGGGAAAUUUCUUCCUUUAGAACCUUGUCCCAGGCCUAAUUUCGAGCUGGUUCCGCUCUUGAACUCUGUGGACCCGGCUCACUGUGGAUCUGUAGUUCCGUCUUUUGCUGACGUUUGGUGUGUGGCAAAUGAUGAGGAAGCCAGUUAUCUCAGAUUUCGAAAUAGUACAUGGAAAAAUGAAGAAGAGGAGAAAAUUGCAUCUUUUCAUCCUCUGCAACUAGUUGAAGGUCCAUUGACACCUGCUUUAAGGCAUAACAAACCAAGAGAAAAUGAUUGGCCUGAAAGUGAAACUGCAAUUAAAAAAAUAGCUGCCCUUGAAGAUGAGCUAGCUUUUCUUCGCUCUCAGAUUGCCACAAUUGUGGGACGGCAAGAACUGGGGAACAGUACAGAAGCUGGUUUCUUGGACUUGAAUGACAGGCCUAGUGGUUUUGGACAAAAGCCAUCAUCAGGGGCUACUCAACUCAAUGUCAAAGAAGACUCGUUUUCAAGUUCAGUGCUUCCUUCUUCUCUUCCUCCACCACCGCCUCCUCAGAUAUCUUCUGUACAGCAUCCAUGUUCUUCUCUCACAAAAAUAGCAUCUAAUAAUAUUUGUGCAUCAGAUAAUUCAACAACUGAAGGGAAAAAUCUGCAACCAGAUGCUAGGAAGAACAAUUAUAGUCAUCAUUCAAAACACCAGAAAAAUGAAGAUAUUCCAAACAUGUUGGAUGUUCUAAAGGAUAUGAAUAAGGUUAAACUACGUGCUAUUGAAAGGUCUCCUGGAGGCAGACCCAUUCAUAAAAGGAAAAGAGAAGACUCACCUUGGGAUCCAGUGUCUCUAAUAUCCCAUGCACUUAAGCAGAAAUUUGCGUUCCAAGAAGAUUCCUUUGAGAAAGAAGAUAAUUGUUGGGAGUCUUCUCCAUUUUCUAGUCCAGAAACUUCAAGGGUGCGCUUAUAAUUUUGGACCCUGUCUUUCAAGUCAGAAGUAUGUUGAACUAAAGGAAGAACCUACAAACCCAGCAGGUGUAGACCAAGCCAUGAGCAACAGGGGCUGUGUCUACACCUCGAAGGCAGGACUGCAGAAGUAUACCUACACGCCUGUGAAAGGAUCGCGUCUCCUGUUAAUGAAUUUAAAUGUAGUCCAUACACUGGGGUAUGUUAGUGCAAAGGUCUGAAGGAUGCUGACCUGUGUCUGGUUUUUAUAAGAUCCAACAGUUAACGGGCUACUGAUGAUAGUCGGGUGUAUGGAUCUUUUUCAUUUUUUCCCACAUAUGUUAAGUUUAUUAAAGCUGAAUAAAUACUUUGAAUGAUUUUCCUAAGAGCUAAAUAGUAAACGAUUUAAUGUUUCUCAUUUGAGAACGGUAAGACCUCAUUAUAAGGUAACAGAAACCAUUUAGUGGAUUAAGAAAGUAAUGUAAACUAAGUCUGUAUUGUACUACACAGUCGAUGAUGGUACAUUUGGGUUUUUAAAAAAGAUUUCUUAAAUCAGUUAUGACUUGCUUAUUUAAGCGUCUUUGACUCUUCUAAAGAUUGGUAGUGGUGUGGUCUACUUGGCCUCCAGCAACUUGGAGAUUUUCAAAGAAUAUAAACUUAUAAUUUUUUCACUAACUAAGAGAGUCAUACCUUGAAUCAUAGACUGAACCCCCUAAAACCCUUGAGGUGAUAAAGAAUUAUUCUUAAAGCUGAUUUUGACUGUUAAAUGCUCAAUUGUAGAAGUAUUUAAAGAAUCUGCCUGAUAAGUUUUGUCUACACUUGCUAUGUAAAUAUGUACACCUGUCAUUUUUUUCCCUUUGUUCUCUAUUGUGCUCUGUUCCUUUGUAAGUAAAUACACCUUUUUG